AGAAUCCAAGCCUCCACGUACACAUGUCCUGCGAGCAAACCGGACUAAACGUCACAUUCAUGCGUUUCCCCUGCUUGUGUGUCUGGGAGCGUAAUCUUUUCCUUCCGAAUACGUUUCUCUCUCGAGAAAUAUACCCAUGACACAGUGGGUUUAAUAUCAGGAGGUGAUCCCGGAUUCCCCAGCCGUCCGAAUCCAAUAUCUGGGUCCUCUCCUCCCUCCCCCGCCGGCGGGCAGGCAGCAGGUUGCCAUGGAAAACUCGUCGGUGGCCUCCGCAUCCUCAGAGGCGGGCAGCACGCGCUCACAGGAGAUUGAGGAGCUGGAGCGCUUCAUCGACAGCUACGUGCUGGAGUACCAGGUGCAAGGCCUUCUGGGAGACAAAAACGAGACGUACCUGGACGGAGACAACAAACCCCAGUCCCACAUUUCACAGUGGACAGAGGACUGCAAUGACAAGAAAGACGGGAGUUGGUCACCCUCGUGGGGGAGGGGCUCCACCAAACCAGAUGAGUGGGAUCACAGUAGUAAUGGCAGUACAGGGUCCAGGCCCAGCUCUGGCUCUAGACCUGGUUCUGGCUCAAGGUCUGGUAGCAGGGGGAGGAACAACCAAUUCAGAGGGCCAGCCAAGGUACAGAACGGGAACAGAGAAGGGUCCUUUGACAUCCUGGGUACUGACAUCUGGGCUGCUAACACCAUGGACUCUCAUGGGUAUGUCAUGGGGGCAACAUGGGACCUCCAGCCUGAGAAGCUGGACUUCAGCCAGUUCCACAGGAAACCCUUCCGGGGAACACCAAAGCACCUUCCACAAAUCGACAGAGAGGGAUCUGAAAGCCCAUACAUCCCUCCCAUUGAUCCUCUUCCAUGGGAUAAACAUGACAAUGAUGAUGCUGGUCCAUUCCAUUACUACUUAGAACUGAUGAUGAAAGGCAAGUUUGAAUAUGAUGAUGGGAUCAACUUGAACGACAUGGAGCAGUUCCUGCCAGGCCUUACCGGUUUCCCGCCCCUGCCUAACGAAGCUGAGAUUGCCCAAACCAAAAAGCUUUUCCGUCGCAGGAGGAACGACCGACGGAGACAGCAGCAGAGACCACCGGGGGGAGGAGGAGGAGACAGGAAGACCCAGCAGCAGCAGUCGCCACAACAACAACAACAAACAGUCAAUCAACAUCCUCGUGACCAGCAGCAGCACAGAGGACAGUGUGGGGCUAGCCAUGGGCAGCAGUUCCAGGGCCACGGCGGGCAGCGCCAGGGGCCCCUCCACCAUGGCUACAGCCAGAACCGCCGCUGGCACCACAACCAGCAGGGGCAGGGAGGAGAACAGGGACCGCAGGGUGGCCCGGCAGUGGACAGAGACAGGGGGGCAACCCCAACGGGAGACAGAGACAAGGAGGCACCACCCAGAAAAAACAAAGAGACUGAUGAUGUAAAGGCAGAGGAGGCCAGCGCUAGGCUGGAGCCAGAGAGCUCAAGGGGCCCCAAUGACGGGCCUCCCAGCCAGCCCUGGGGCCAGGGUGGCCCUAAAGUCCGUCUUCUGCCGUCGUCCAAAGAGAGGCUGAGGAGGAGGCUAAAAGACGAGGAGGAGGCGAUUGUGUCCCCAGCGGGCCCCCAGCGGAGCCGCAUGGACCGCUUGCUGGAGAUCCUGAACAGCAUGAGGAACAACAGUGCCGGGGUGGACGGCCAGCUCAGCUCCUUCAUGGAGGAGGCCCAGACCUCGACCCAGUCAGAGGAGAGCCUGGCCCAGAUCGUCUCUACUAUCUAUAGCAAGGCCCUCAGCGACAGAAGCUUCGCCGCUUCCGCUGCCAGACUCUGUGACAAGAUGGCCCUGUUCAUGGUGGAGGGGACCAAGUUUAGAUCAUUACUACUCAAUAUGUUACAGAAGGACUUCUCUCGUCGGGAGGAGCUGCAGGCAUCUGACGUGGAGCGCUGGUUGGGGUUCAUCACCUUCCUGUGUGAGAUGUUUGGCACAAUGAGGUCCAGUGCUGGAGAGCCCUUCAGAGUCCUGGUCUGUCCCAUAUACACCUGUCUCAGAGAGCUGCUGGAGUCUCCAGAGGUGAAGGAGGAUGCGGUCCUCUGUUAUUCUAUGGAGCUGCAGUCCACUGGUCGUCUCCUGGAGGAGCAGCUUCCAGAGAUGAUGACAGAGCUCCUGGCUGCGGCCAGGGACAAGAUGCUGUGUCCAGCCGAGUCCCAGCUAACUCGCUCCUUGCUCAUGGAGAUCAUCGAGCUGCACGCCAACCACUGGACCCCUCUGGAGGACCUCACCACACAGUACUACAACAGGACCAUCCAGAAGCUCACCACCGCCUAGCCCCCCAGACCCAGGACCUGUCCCACAGGUCAGGCACAUGGAGGCCUGAGCUGGGUUGAUGGCUGGGAUGCAUGGGGCUGGACUAGACAUGGGACUGUACAGAGUCGCAGAACAUAAUUGGUUGGCCCCAUACCAGACAGCAAAUGCGUUUAGGUAUAAGGAGAUGGGACUGACAAGACAUACAGACAGACUUGAAAUCCAUGCAAAGACAAACACUACACCACACACACAGACAGAAGAGACUGGCCACUGGCCAUGCAGCCUGCACACAUUUGACGGUGGGGGGCCUAUCUGGUCACUGAGAUGGGUGGAGGACAAAGAGACGACAUGAUGUGUGUGUGGGGGGGGGGGGGGGGGGUUGGAACAGCAGCCGCCUGUCCUUGGUGAACAGUCUCUCCUCAGAGGUUAAAAAGAGAAGAAGCAGGGGGGGUCCAGGGAGAUUUCUUUCUCUCUGUGUUCAUGUGCCAACCACCCUUCCUCCUUUCUGUCUUUCUCCUUUAUCUAUCUCCCCUCCUCCUCUCUGUCCCAGACCCUUUCACCCCAGGGUCUACGUGGCUGACUGGGGGAGAUGAGAGGGGAGGCAGGCAGACCUCCCUCCAGUGGGCCAGGUCAAAUGUCCAGACUGCAGGGCUAGGUUCCAGUAAGGCCUGCCUUUGUCGUCCCCCCCCACUCCCCAGAGGCGCUUUGUGUGGCUGAGACACUGGCUGGCGCACUCUGGAUUGCUGGCUGGGUAGCAGAUGGCUUCUGGCGCCUCAGUGGGCUGGCUGCAGACACCCUCCCAGUCCCACCUACACUCCAGCCAAGGCCAACCCAUCUUCCAACCCAGGCUAACACUAACCCAGCCAGGCCGCUGACAGACGGGGGCAGUGGGUUUGUCCUGGGGGCCAGUGGGGCUGCCGUGGGGGGCUAGGGAUUGGGGAUUGUUGGGAGGCGCAGCAGACAGCAGCAUCAAGCCGCUGAUUUAGUGGGGCUUUUGUUGUCAUUAUCAUUUUCAGAGUGGUUUAAUUUUCUCUGUCCAUGCUUUUGUUACCUUUGUUAUUAAUUAUAUUAUAUUAUUGUUACUAUUAUUGUAUUAUUUCUUUUAAAUCAUGUACUGUAAAUAUGUAUGAUAAUGGAAUAUUUUAGGGUAGAGGUAUUGCACAGGUUUGAUUUGUUUUGCACUGUUUUAAGGUGGUUACUUGUUUUAAGAGAAAAAAAUACUUUUUAACGGUGGUAUGGAUAAAUACUAGCAUUAAGAAGAAUCAAUAGGUUUAUGGGGUUGGUUGACUAGAAAGGGAAGGUUUAGCCAGAAGGAAGAAUCAAAGAAAUUAUGGAUUUGAUGAAGUCAGUCAGACUAGAGGCCUUGUGAACUAUAACUACAUUUAUAGAGUUGCGUCCUUGCUGUUUUGAAAGAAAAGGCCAAGAGAGGUGGAGAGUGCUUGCCGAGUGACCGAAUUUAGUGAGGUUAUUUAUUUCCUGCAAAAAAACAACAAAAAAACGAGCCUGAUACAAAUCGCUUCUUCAAAUGUUCUCCUGUUCAAGCAGCCAUUUUGCAGUGUUGGGACAUUUUGCAACUCUAUCUGUAUGAUGAUGAAGUAUUUGCUUUUGAGAGAGAAAAAAAUCAUUUGACAGAUUAUAAAAAUAUAUAUAUAUAUAUAUAUUUGACAAUGUAGUUAGCUAGUAUGUGAUUCGCAUUACUCUGGCUUCUGCAAAUGUGUGUACAACACUAUUAACAUAUCAACCCCAUCAUCAUCAUUAUGUAAUCCAAUUAAAUGUAAUCGAAUAUACAGAAAAUACCAGUAUUUAAGACAACGAAGCAAGCUCUAGGAGGGCAUGGUGCAAAGAGAGGCGAGGGCUACGUCCCCUUUAUCAACCCUUCCAAAGUGUGCACUUGUUCACUUCCCUUUCCUGAUUUGAAAGGCAUGACUGGUAUAAGAAAUAUGAUAUUCUAGCCAUGAUGAUUAGCUAUAGGGUUGUGGUUGUGUGGAUAGGACGUGGCCUUUCCAUGUGUUCUUACUAUGGCUUCAGCUCAUGUUGAAGGAACUGUUCUUUCUGCGGGGCAGUCUUUCAGUCCUAGUACUACUAGUGUUACUAGCUUCUGAUUUCCUAUUGACAUUUUAUUUUUUUUUGCAUCAAGAAUUCAAAUCUUUUAAGGUAGGCACACGUCCAAAACAAUAGGGUAUUUUAAAACAGAUAACUGACUAAAUAAAGGAAACACCAACACUGGGGCUACCAUGAGCCAGAACAGCUUCAAUGUCCCUUGGCGUCGAUUCUACGAGUGUCUGGAACUCAAUUGGAGGGAUGCAACACCAUUCUUCCACUAGAAAUUCAAUCAUUUGCUGGUGUUGGUGAACGCUCAGGGAAUCUCCCUUAAGUGUUCAAUUGGGUUUGAGAUCUGGUGACAGAGACGGCCAUGGCGUAUUGUUUAUGUUGGUUUGAUGAGCAUGAAACAUUCAGUGACCAGUCGUGCCCUGGGGAUGGGGUUAUUGUCGUCCUAUGGGGGCAUAGCCAUGGUAGCCAAAAUAAUGGCCUGCGCAGUAUUUUUAUACAUGACCCUAAGCAUGAUGGGAUGUUAAUUGCUUAAUUAACUCAGGAACCACACCUGUGUGGAAAAACCUGCUUUCAAUAAACAUUGUAUCUCAUUUACUCAAGGGUUUCAAUUAUUUUGACAAUUACCUGUAUAUACAAACCCAUCUGUCUAGAUAAGUAGAUACGGUGAAUUUCAUUUUAGUUUGAUAAAAUACAAUGGGUCUUGAUUUUCAGUGACUAAAAUUGUGAUUCCGAUGAUCACUUGCCUGGUAAGUGUGGUAUAAUGUUAGAUUGUAAAUAAUGCUAUUGGGUGAUUCCAUAUGCAAAGGAGUGACUCUCCUCUGUGACACUGGGCCUCCCGGCGCCCUCUGACCUUAGACCUUUAGGUUACAUGACUCGCCCUACUAUUGAAUGUGACGCACCUCCAUUUGCAUCUCAUUGACAUUGGGAGGUAUAUGGUAUAGCAUCAUCACAUCGUUGUAACCCCAGCGAGGCGAGACUACCAGCCAGAUGGUGCACAGAUAAUGAGCUGUAGAAUUUGUGGAAGUUGUUGGUCAUCAAUUUCAUUUUUUAUUAAGCAAUUUAAAAAAUGUACUAACUGAAGAGGUGUAAAAAAAAAAUGUGGGUGUUGUACUAUGGUUUUUAGCUGCCUGAAAUAUUAGGCGCCUGUAUUGACGCAGCCGCUAAACGUUCUCACGGCCUGGACAAUUUUAUUUUCCCAUUUCCUGAGAACAUCUCCCCCUUCACUCCACUGUUCAGCCACCAAAGCCUCUUUAUUUUAAGAAACCAUCUCGUAUGUCUGGGGGAUGUCUUGUGUUACACUGUUUUGACUCCAACACAAUCUUCUUCAGAAUAAGUAAGGAUGUAAUACCUGAGAAAAGCUCUUUCCUCGAUAUAUGCUCUGCCACAUGUCGCUAUGCUCACAAUGAGCUCUCAUUCUUCAGACACAGAAUAUUUAUUUAACUAGGCAAGUUAAGAACGAAUUCUUAUUUACAGUGACGGCUUACUGGGGAACAGUGGGUUAACUGCAUUGUUCAGGGGGCAGAACAACAGAUUUUUACCUUGUUAGCUCGGGGAUUCGAUCCAGCAACCUUUCGGUUACUGGCCCAAAGCUCUAAACAGUACACACUGGGACUGUCCUAUAUGAAUCAUACUACAUACUAAUGUCAUCUCUGUUAAAAGGUUUUGCAUACUUUCAAAAUUGAGUAUUACCUAUAGACAGUAUACUAUAUUCUAUGUGUCUGACUAGUUGUAUGACUGGAUGUCCUUGGCCCAUUGUGUUGCUUUUGUUAGGCCCUGACCCAAACCCGGGGCUAGCCUGCGGCGUCAGGAGGGCUCACUGAGCCUGGGUUCACUCCCCCGGGGGCCUGGGUCUCUGAGCUCGCCCCUUGAACACAGGCAGGUUGUCCUUCAGCGUCCGUCCACAUCAAUCACUGUCUGGGGAUGUGAGGGAGGAGAAGAAAGGGUGGUGAGACAGGGUAGUCUACUUCUGAUAUAGGGGAGAGGGCAUCAAACAUACUGGGAACGUUAAGGGCAUGUGAAAUGUUACUGCUCAUGUCUCCUCCAUUUUCUAAUGAUUUCUGGUAAAUAUGCAUUAAAGAUGUGUAUAGCUG